CUGGAACGGGACGGGCUGAAAUGUAACCAAACAAGCGGCGUCUUUGUAGCGGCUUAAAGGGGCCGCGGCCGCUUCCUGGCGAGCGGGCUCCGCGCAGCCCGGGAGUGGGGGAGCUGCCGGGCGCUGUCCGGACGGGCGGACCGGACCGGACCCGGAGCCAGGAGCUAGGGGGGAGGCGGAGCCGGAGCCGGAGCAUGGCUUGAGCGGCUGGGGAAAGUUGUGCGCCAAGCCAGGCUCGCCCCGCCGGGCCACCUGUUUUGCAUCCGCUUGGUUGGCGGGGCGAGGGGGGGGAGCCGGAGCCGGAGCCGGAGCCGGCACCACCAUGUCCAAAGUGAUCCAGAAGAAGAACCACUGGAGCAGCCGGGUGCACCAGUGCGCGGCCAGCCGGGCGGCCGGCGGCCGGCCGGGGCUGCCCCUGCUCGGGGGAGCGGAGCACGGGCAGUUCCCCUACGUGGGGACGGCGGAGGAGGGCGGCCCGCCGGUGCUGGCCGGGGGCGAAGACGGGGGGCUCAGCCCCGGGGAGCUGCUGCUGGAGGUGCAGGGGGUCCGCGUGUCCGGCUUGCCCCGCUACGACGUGCUGGAAGUGAUCCGGAGCUGCCAGGAGCCCAUCGCGGUCAAAGCCGUGAGACAAGGAAGUAGACUGAACAAAGAUCUGAGGCAUUAUCUUAACCAGAGGUUUCAGAAAGGAUCUCCAGAUCACGAGCUGCAGCAGACAAUUAGAGAUAACCUUUAUCGCCAUGCUGUGCCUUGCACAACCCGUCCUCCGCGAGAAGGAGAAGUGCCUGGUGUGGACUAUAACUUUCUGACUGUGCAGGAGUUUCUGGACCUUGAGCAGCGUGGAACUCUUCUUGAAGUAGGAACAUAUGAAGGUAACUAUUAUGGAACACCCAAGCCUCCCAGCCAACCCGUCAGUGGGAAAGUGAUUACCACUGAUGCUUUGCAAAACCUUCAGUCCAACUCCAAGCAGUCGACUCCAAAACGAACCAAAUCUUAUAAUGAUAUGCAAAAUGCUGGAAUAGUGCAUACGGAGAAUGAGGAUGAGGAUGACGUCCCUGAAAUGAACAGUAGCUUUACAGCAGAUUCUGGUGACCAAGACGAGCACAAUAUACAUAGUAUAAGAGAAACAACGCCACCACCUGUGAAUAAUAGCAUCACCGCCGUUCCCACCACGGAACCAUCUCAGAAGCUCCCUCAAUACCUACCUCCUUCUGCAGAGGAAAACCUAGGUCCUCUACCUGAAAACUGGGAGAUGGCCUAUACCGAGAAUGGAGAAGUCUAUUUUAUAGACCAUAAUACUAAAACAACCUCUUGGCUAGACCCACGGUGCCUGAACAAACAGCAGAAGCCUCUAGAAGAAUGUGAAGAUGAUGAAGAAGGGGUACACACGGAGGAACUGGACAGUGAACUAGAAUUGCCUGCUGGUUGGGAAAAGAUUGAAGAUCCUGUAUAUGGAGUCUACUAUGUAGACCACGUUAACAGGAAGACACAAUAUGAGAAUCCAGUUCUGGAAGCGAAACGGAAAAAACAGCUUGAGCAGCAGCAACAACAACCAGAAGAAUGGACAGAAGAGCAUCCACCUCUUGGUCCACCGGCUAUUCCAAACCAUGCGCCAAACACCCAAGAGCCAGUUCGAGAAGCACCAGUACAAGGCUCUGCUAUCUGGGAGUGUUGCACAAAGCCCGGAAGAGCAGCAGCUGCCAUUCGGCAACUUGGAAAACCAUUUUUCACGCGAAAUCCUUCAGAGUUGAAAGGGAAGUUCAUCCACACCAAGCUGAGGAAAAGCAGCCGGGGGUUCGGCUUCACUGUGGUCGGAGGGGACGAACCGGAUGAAUUUCUCCAAAUCAAGAGUUUGGUGCUUGACGGCCCUGCUGCCCUGGAUGGCAAAAUGGAGACAGGAGAUGUUAUAGUCAGUGUGAAUGAUACCUGUGUGCUGGGACAUACACACGCUCAAGUUGUAAAAAUCUUCCAGUCCAUUCCCAUCGGUGCCAGUGUGGACCUUGAACUGUGUCGAGGUUACCCUCUGCCCUUUGACCCCGAUGACCCCAACACAAGCCUGGUGACGUCUGUGGCAAUUCUAGAUAAAGAACCGAUCAUUGUGAACGGGCAGGAAAAUUACGAUUCUCCAGCAAGCCACAGUAGUAAAACAGGGAAAGUAAAUGGCUUGAAGGAGCAAAGGCCAAGUAGUCCAGCUGAAGUCUCUUCAAAUGGAUCCCAUGGUUACCCCAACGAUACUGUCUCUUUGGCUUCUUCUAUAGCAACACAGCCUGAACUCAUAACUGUACAUAUAGUGAAAGGCCCCAUGGGCUUUGGUUUUACUAUAGCAGACAGUCCUGGUGGUGGGGGCCAAAGAGUGAAACAAAUUGUAGACAGCCCCAGGUGCCGAGGCCUAAAAGAAGGGGACCUUAUCGUUGAAGUGAAUAAGAAGAAUGUGCAAAACCUCACUCACAACCAAGUCGUGGAUAUGCUGAUUGAAUGUCCUAAAGGAAGCGAAGUCACAUUACUUGUGCAACGAGGAGGAUUGCCAGUCCCAAAGAAGAGCCCAAAGUCGCAACCACUUGAAAGGAAAGACAGCCAAAACAGUUCCCAGCAUAGCGUCUCUAGCCACCGUAGCACGCACACUGCUUCACCCAUCCAUACCACUCAGGUGCUUCCCGACUACCCUGCCACUGAAGCACCAGCUGGGGAGCAGCCGGACAACUCUGGACAGAAAAAGCCAGAUCCAUUCAAAAUCUGGGCCCAGUCCAGGAGCAUGUAUGAAAGCCGACCUAUGUCACCUUCGCCUGCAACUGGACUGAGCAAGGGUGAGAGAGAGAGAGAAAUCAAUUCUACGAAUUUUGGAGAAUUUCCAGAUUAUCAAGAACAGGAUAUCUUCCUAUGGCGAAAGGAAACGGGCUUUGGGUUUAGGAUUCUAGGUGGAAAUGAGCCUGGAGAACCUAUUUACAUUGGUCACAUUGUACCAGUGGGCGCUGCUGAUGCCGACGGUCGUCUGAGAUCUGGAGAUGAACUGAUCUGUGUGGACGGAACACCUGUUGUCGGAAAAUCUCACCAGCUUGUAGUCCAGCUUAUGCAACAGGCUGCCAAGCAAGGUCAUGUCAAUCUAACUGUAAGGCGCAAAGUGGUAUACACAGUUCCAAAAGCAGAGAACGAAGUCCCUUCUCCAGCCUCUUCACACCACAGCAGCAACCAGCCAGCUUCCCUGACGGAGGAGAAGCGGACCCCGCAGGGAAGCCAGAACUCCUUAAACACUGUGAGCUCGGGCAGCGGCAGCACCAGCGGCAUCGGCAGUGGCGGGGGCGGGGGAAGCGGUGUGGUCAGCACCGUGGUGCAGCCGUACGACGUCGAAAUCCGCCGGGGAGAAAAUGAAGGCUUUGGCUUUGUGAUUGUGUCCUCAGUGAGCAGGCCCGAGGCAGGGACAACUUUUGCAGGAAAUGCAUGUGUGGCCAUGCCUCACAAAAUAGGUCGGAUAAUUGAGGGGAGCCCCGCAGACCGCUGUGGCAAGCUGAAAGUAGGAGACCGGAUCUUGGCUGUUAAUGGAUGUUCCAUCACCAACAAAUCGCAUUCAGAUAUUGUCAACUUAAUUAAAGAAGCAGGAAACACUGUUACUCUGCGCAUCAUUCCAGGGGAUGAAUCCUCCAAUGCUACUUUAUUGACCAAUGCUGAAAAAAUUGCUACAAUUACAACCACACAUACUCCUCAGCAGAUGCCCCAGGAACCCAGGAACAACACAAAACCAAAGCAGGAAUCCCAGUUUGAUUUCAAACCGCCCCAGGCAGCACAGCAGGACCAAGAUUUUUACACCGUUGAACUGGAAAGAGGAGCCAAAGGAUUUGGCUUUAGCCUGCGAGGUGGCCGAGAGUAUAAUAUGGAUCUCUACGUGUUGCGGUUAGCUGAGGAUGGUCCAGCUGAGAGGUGUGGAAAGAUGAGGAUUGGUGAUGAAAUUCUAGAGAUCAAUGGGGAAACCACCAAGAACAUGAAGCAUGCUCGGGCCAUAGAACUGAUUAAAAAUGGUGGCCGCAGAGUCCGCCUGUUUCUGAAACGUGGAGAUGGCUCUGUACCAGAAUAUGCGAUGAUACCUCCUAAUAUCGCUGCAUGUAUGAGAAAUGACAAGCUCGGGGAGCCUUGCUUCUACCUUACGGGCCAUAAUCAAACUACGACCCCAGCAGUGACAGGAACAGUCCCGCCACAGGUUCACAAAAUGUAUCGGAAAUGAAAAACAUGCCAUCUGACCGACGACAACACCCAUCAUUGGAGUCCAGUUAUCCACCAGAUCUUCACAAAUCAUCACAACAUGGGGACAAGCGGACAUAUGUUAAAGAUCCAAAAGGCAGCAGAGAGUUUAGCAGACAAUCCAAUGAACACCACACUUGGAAUGGAACUUCUCAAAACAGUGGUAGUGUAACAGGCAGAAAAAAGGACAGGUCACCAGGAAGGCGACGAGAUAGACAACCAGAGAGAAUGGUGGUAAAUGGACAAAAAAUGAAAUCUCCUGAAAAAAGGAGGGAAGGGACAAGAAGUGCUGACAAUACUUUGGAGAGGAGGGAGAGACACGAGAGGAGGAGAGACCUUUCUCCCGAAAGGCGAAGAGAAAGGUCACCGACUCACAGAAGGGAUGCGUCGCCAAGCAGGCGAAGGAGGUCACUCGAAAGACUAAUGGAUCAAAGAAAAUCACCAGAGAAGAGAAGAGAGAGCUCACCUGAACGGAGGGCAAAGUCAACUGACAGAAGAAGGGAGAGGUCACCAGACAAAAGGAUCAAGGAUGAGCGAGUCGGCCACAGAGAGAGGGAAGAACACAGUUUGAAAUAUGAUACCAACAAAAGACACCCCCCUGAACAGAGAAGGAAACCCUACAAAGAGUGCAGCACUGAUCUCAGCAUCUGAGGUACUCGUCCGAUGCACAGAGCCAUAUUCCAGCCUUUAUAGUGCUGAAGGCUCUCAGAAGAGGGUAAUAAAGCUGAAAUUAUCUUAGUUUCUUAAAUGAUGAAAUAUCAGACACCUGCUGA